AUGUCUCACUUGGCCAGUCUUUCCGAAGCACCACCAGACGCCGCCUUCGCCUUGAUUGAUGCAUACAGGGCAGAUCGUUCACCGUUGAAAGUUGAUCUUAGUCCUGGCUUCUAUCGCGAUGAGGAUGCAAGGCCCUGGAUCUUGCCAUCGGUACGAAAGGCCAAACAAGAGUUACUUAAUGACCCGACUGCCGACCACGAACAUUUACCUAUUCUGGGCCAUGCUGAACUACUUGACAGUGCCCAAAAACUCGUAUUCGAUACAACACCUGAGGAUGCAAAUACUAUCGCAAGCAUCCAGACCAUUGCGGGCACCGGGGCAAAUCAUCUGGGUGCUCUGUUUUUAGCAAAAACUAUCCGCCCGCGAACAGUCUGGAUCUCAGAUCCCACUUGGAUUAAUCACGAGGAAAUUUGGAAACUUGCAGAUCCCGAUAUCAAACGUCAGAAGUAUGCCUACUUCAAUAAAGAGAUAUUGGAUCUCGAUUUUGAAGGCGCCAUGUCUACCCUGUCUUCCAUGGCUGGAGAAGGUGAUGUUGUAAUUUUGCAUGGCUGCGCACAUAAUCCCACGGGACGAGACUUCACAAAAGAACAGUGGAGGGCCAUUGCCAGUAUUUGCGAACAGAAGAGGCUUAUUCCAUUCUUUGAUCUUGCCUACCAGGGGCUUGCCACUGGAGAUUUGGAUGAAGAUGCUUGGCCCAUAAGAUAUUUCUUCCGAAACACUUCGUUAGAAAUGUUCGUGGCGCAAUCCUUCUCUAAAAACUUUGGUCUUUACGGGGAGCGUACAGGCGCGCUUCACGUCGUGUGCCGGACAGACGACAGUGGAACAAAAGUCGUCAACAUGCUCACACGUCUAUCUCGGGCUGAGAUUACUACUUGUCCUAUAAAUGGCUCCAAAAUUGUGGCAAAGGUGCUUGGAAAUAAAGACCUGAAGGCGCAGUGGCAACACGAUUUACUCCACAUGAGUGAUCGCAUGAGGACGAUGCGACAAAUGCUAGUAGACGGACUUCGAAAACGUCAAACACCAGGCCAAUGGGAUCAUAUAUUGACAGAUAUUGGGAUGUUCUCAAUAACCAGUUUGCAACCGAAUCAAAUCCGCAUAUUGCGGGAAGAGUACCAUGUAUAUCUCCUGCCUUCGGGAAGAAUAUCCAUGACAGGCUUGACAGAACACAAUGUGGAAUAUGUUGCAGAAGCAUUUCACAAGGUCCUUCUUGAUACUACCCCUCAAUGA